UUAUUAAUUAUAGCUCCAUCACAAGAACUAUAGUUCAUCAAUUAUUGGACCCUCUCUCUUCACACUUCAUUUCAUUUCUGUGAUUAUAGUUUAUAGCUAUGGAGAAUUCUUCCAAGUCAAUAAAACUAUUCCUAAUACUCAUAAUUCUCAGCUCAUUAUUACAACUAAGUAAAGCAUCUAAUCCACUCACAAAGCUGAGAUUUGACGUUAAAAAUGGUGAGUUUAGGAUAUUACAGGUUGCAGAUAUGCACUAUGGAGAUGGAAAAAUGACACCGUGUGAGGAUGUGUUACCUGACCAGAUGUCCACGUGUUCGGAUCUGAAUACAACUGAUUUUAUUAUACGUAUGAUUCACAAAGAGAAACCUCAUCUCAUUGUUUUUACCGGGGACAACAUUUUUGGAUUUGAUGCCAAGGAUGCUGUAAAAUCCAUGAAUGCUGCUUUUGCUCCUGCAAUAUCUUCAAACAUACCAUGGACUGCUAUAUUGGGGAAUCAUGACCAAGAAUCUACACUUUCAAGGGAAGGCGUGAUGAAACAUAUUGUGGGCAUGAAAAAUACUUUAUCUCAGUUGAAUCCUCCUGACAUUCCUGAUAUUGAUGGUUUUGGGAAUUAUAAUCUGGAAGUCCAUGGGAUCGAGGGUUCCAAGCUGGCUAAUAAGUCCGUUCUCAAUCUGUAUUUCCUUGACAGUGGAGAUUACUCUACUGUUCCGUCCAUACCUGGUUAUGGUUGGAUUAAACCCUCUCAACAGUUCUGGUUUCAACGCACCUCUAAGAAGCUUAAGAGAACUUAUUCUAAGAAGGCUCCUGCUCCAGGCCUUGCUUACUUUCAUAUUCCGUUACCUGAAUAUGCAAACUUUGACUCAUCAAACUUCACUGGGGUUAGACAAGAAGGCAUAAGCUCUGCUUCGAUAAAUUCAGGCUUCUUCACUACUGUGGUGGAAGCUGGUGAUGUAAAGGCCGUAUUUGCGGGCCAUGAUCACAUAAAUGAUUUUUGUGGCAAGUUGAUGGACAUAAAUCUUUGCUAUGCUGGAGGCUUUGGAUAUCACGCUUAUGGGAAGGCUGGAUGGUCAAGGAGGGCAAGGAUGGUAGUAGCAUCUUUGGAGAAAACAGGAAAAGGAGGGUGGGGAGCUGUCAAAUCUAUUAAAACAUGGAAGCGACUUGAUGAUGAACAUCUUACUACCAUCGAUACUCAGGUGCUCUGGAGGAAGAGCUCUGCCGGUGCUCGUAGAAAAAAGCCUAUCGGCCACCAGUAAGAAGCCUUAUUACUGAAGGAUGAGCACAUAUUGGUAGCAGAGGCUUCUUAAAUUUGCUUAUACUGGAAAAGUUUGUACGUGUUAUCAGGGUUUAUUUACUCGGGUCAAAAGUUCUUUAACGUGUAAUGUUAAAGGUGAUAUAGGAGCAAUAUAUGCAGGUCACAGUCAGAGACUCAAAUAGCGACCCAAUUAUGUAGUGAAGAAAGAUUAAUACAGUUUGUGUUUCAAAGAGAUGUACUACUAUAAAGAUGUUCUGCCUUUCUUCUU